GUAAGAAUUCCACGUUGUGGCCGUGGAGACCUGGGCUCGAAUCCCAGCAGCCACACACGCUUUUUGAGCUUCUGUCCUUAGGAAGCUUCCCAGCCGUUGGAUGACCAGACCGUUGUAAAGAUAAACGGUGGAUGCUAGCAUGCCUUUAUAUUGAACGGACGGACUCGAUGCGGCUCCACUCUUUCAUCUUUUCUCACUCUUUCUGCAAAUCUAGAGAAGCUCUAAUGGCGAUUACGCUUGAAUCUCCUUCCCCUCCUGCUUCGCUCAACAAGGAACGUGGUCGAAGCUUGAUUUCCGCUACUCGCUCGUCCGAGAAACGCCUCUGGAGUGCUCUUCGCAGCCGUUUCGACGCACUCACCGAGAAUCAGACCUCGAUCGAGCGAUCGGUGCCUGCACAAAUGCAGAGAGCUGAAGCGAUGGAGCAGGCGAGGAAAAUGAAGCAGGACUCCGUGCUUCUUCUCAGAGGGUUUGAUUUAACAUUUCGUUCACUCUCUCAGCUUUCCAGCAACCUCGACACUGCCUUUCAGGGAGCUAGAGACUUAUCCAGGCCACCCACAUUCACUGAACUACUCGAAACCACCAUUGUUAAGAGCAACACGAAGCUCAAGGAUGACAAAGUCGAACAGACAGGGGACAUCGACAAGAGAGGAUCAAAGAGAAAGUUGGAUUCCAAUGAGGAUCAAGAAGGGGAAGAAGAAGGUCCAUAUGAGAUGGGGAGGCUCAAAAAACCCAAAAAUAUGACAACUUCCAUGGCCAGAGAAGAAUUGGACAAAGUUAGAUCUGAGUUAGAUUUCAUGAAGCAGAGAUGUGCUCUGCUAGCAGACGAGAUUCGCCGGCGCAACGACAACGAAGAUGAUUUGGUGAGGCUUCAAUUGGAAGCACUUAUGGCAGAAAAAUCAAGAUUGGCAAAUGAAAAUGCAAACUUGACUAGAGAAAACCAACAUCUGCAACAGCUUGUGGAGUACUUCUCAGUAUCAUCCUACAACAACCUCGAAUCGGGGGCAGCGAUGUUCUUACAUGAAACUGAAGACAGCCCUUUAAAGAUACCAUACCGGUUAGAAUUCUCCUAAUGCUAUGACGAAGAACAAGAGCAGCAGAACAAACAAUGAAACAAACGAACAAUAAAUAAGGUAACUAAAAUAAGGUUGUGUUCCGAUCAAAAAGAAAUGUUUAGAAAAUAUAUAUUAUAUUUAUGGUACUUAUCAUAUUUAAAAGAUUUGUAACAUUGGUGUCUUGUGAAUUCUUAUGAUUGAGUUUUAUAUUCUAAUAUUGUAUAAGAGCUAAAUUCUUUUCGGGUACAUCCAUGACUCGUUAUGUCUCGUAUAUGUUUUUAUAUUUUAUUGAUUUAUCUGAUUUUAUAUACGGUCAUGUUGUCAUUUACAUGUCGUCUUCGUCCGUCAGUGCUACUUUGAUCUCCAUUGUAACGCAGUUGAGAGCCCUAUUUUUCGACUCUAACGCUGUUGAAAAUUUGUUUU